AGUAUGUAGAUGGUGGAUACCCAGAAAUAACUUGAUGGUAUCAUUUACAACCUCCACCCGGUGACGCGACACCGUUUGGAACAUCCCUAGCAACCUGGUCAUGCUAUCGUGGUGACAUUUCUAACAACUGAGACACAAGUCUCGUGACGGCCAUUCUGUCAGGUGUUCUUUCUCUGUGCGUUGAACAUUCAUUUGUCUUAUAUGAUGGAGAACGCUCAAGCACAACUCCUUGUAAAAAUCCAUGAAGAGAUUACAAAAGGUUCUUUCACUGACCUGCAAAUUAUAUGUAGAGACGGAACAACGACCGGAAGCCGCAUCGUACUGGCGGCGAUGUCAUCAUAUUUCCGAGCCAUGUUCAAUUCUGAUAUGGCAGAGAGUCAGACGGGCGUCUUGAACCUUCCCACGGUGUCUUUGCCAGUGUUGCAAGCUAUAAUCAAAAUGUGUUUGUGUGGAAAUAAUCUAGUCAGUGAAAGCAACUGCAUGGAGAUCCUGGAUGCUGCUGAGAUGAUGCAGCUUGACCACAUCAAAGAAUUAUGUAACAUAUUCCUGAAGGAAAGUCUUGUACUGACCGCAGAAAACUGUUUAAAUUGGUGGAGACUUUCAAAACUUUACAAUUUCCACGAUUUGUCCAACCGAGCAUUUUCCUAUUUGGCUGACGAGUUUCCUGAUUUUGUUGAAACAGAAAACGUUGUUCACCUGUCAAAGGUAGAACUUAUGGAAAUCAUUUCAAAAGAAGAGAUGAAAUGUACAGAAGACUUCAUUCUGAAAGGCGCCAUGAAGUGGAUUGAGUAUAAUAACCCGGAUCAAGAUGACGUGAAACUGAUUUUUGAAAAUGUGCGGCUAGAUUAUGUAGACUCACAGUUUCUGUUUGAUGACGUUGUGUAUUCAGACAUUGCCUGUAAAUACAAAUCGGUUCAGGAAAUGAUACGGAAAUCGUUAACUGUACUGGGUCGACGUACAGCUCGUUCAAGGGUUAAUCCUGUAAGACCUUAUCUCUUCGUUCUCCAUCAUAACCAGACGUCACUUCUGUCUUGUUUCACGUCAGAAAACAAGUGGGAGGACAUCCCACCAGCACCAGUAGAGCCUGGAGCUUGGUAUUCAGCAGCAGGUUUGGAUGACAAGAUCUAUAUCACUGGUGGUAGUAACAAAGAGAAAUGUACAUUGAUAUAUAACACAGCAAGAAAAGUGUGGACAGUAGGUCCAGAUCUCACACAUGACCACUACUUUCACUGUAUGGCCACAGCUAACUCUAAAGUGUACUCGAUAGGUGGUUACUAUAGCAACACAAUAGAGGAAUUGAGCGAGAGUGAGACGCACUGGCAGGUUGUUGGAGAUUUGGGAUUGAGGCGAUAUUACACUUUCCCUGUUACAGUUGGUGAGAACAUUCUCGUUAUGGGAGGAACGACAUUCUCAGCCGGGUCAGAUGUUAUCCACUGUUUCAACACCAGAACUCGCAGCGUCAGUCAGCUGAACACAAAGUUACCAUGUAGCUCUGAGUUACUAAGAGGCUCUGUUCUCCUCCCAGAUGUUUAUCUUUUAGACGACGACGGCCACGUGAUGCACCUCCAGGUCUCCAACACGGGUGGAGAUAUCCAGAUUCAUAUUAAAUCUACAACAGAAUGGAAAUCAUUUGGAUUAUUUUUUGGUGUAACUCACCGAGACGGAAGCUUGUUGUGUUUUAAAAAAUAUGAAAUCAGCAAAUUCAACCUCGCUGAAGGUAAAGAAGAACAGAUUACAUUUCCUACGCCACCUAGAAAUGGCGACGUGUACAACGUGUACAACGUGUGCACGGUGUCCAGUGGGAAAACAUCGUAAUGAUUGUAUAGUGUGUUACCUCUACAAACAAACUACUGCACACAUUGUAAGGCCACACUGUUUUCUUUACGAUUACGGAUUCUG